AUGUCUACUGAAUCUCGCAUCCGUGACGAAUCCCCCAGUCUCUCGGUCGUUGGUAUCGGUCUCCGACUACCAGGGGCCCGAGACAAAAAAGAAUACUUUGAACUUCUUAAGGAAGGCCGCUGUGCCAUCGGCCGUGUGCCCAGUGAUCGCUGGAACGCUGAUGCCAUGACGCAGUUGGGUGGUGUUCCUGGAAAGGUUGUCACUGACCAGGGUGGCUUUGUCGACCCUCACUCUGAGAUCGACUCGCUUGAAUUUGGUAUCUCGCCUGCCGAAGCCAAGAGCCUUGACCCACAUCAAUUGAUGCUGGUUGAGUGCGUUUUCCAGGCUCUCGAAGAUUCAGGUGUGCAUUACCGUGGUACAAACACGGGUGUCUACGUGACUGGCUCACCCGACGUGCACAAUCUCGGCAAUGACAUGUGGAACAUGGGGCCCUACAGCGCCACAGGCGCUGCCUUCUCGAUGCAGGCAAACCGUUUGUCGUACUUGUUUGACCUGCGUGGUCCUUCAGUGUACCUUGACACGGCUUGCUCGUCGAGUAUCACUUGUCUGCACCUUGCGCGCUCCGCCAUUCUCCGCGGUGACUGUGACAUGGCUGUCGUCGCUGCCGUGAACCUGAUCCUUGCACCGCACGCGUCGCUUUCGUUCUCGACCCUUGGUACGCUGUCUCCGACGGGCUUGUGCCACACGUUCGAUGCAUCGGCUGAUGGUUAUUCGCGUGGUGAAGGUUGCACCGUAAUUAUUCUUCAACGCACCGACGAUGCGAUUCGUCUCGGCAGCCAUAUCUACUCGGAGAUCACCGGUACUGCUAUUAACGCCAAUGGUAAAGGCAAGUCCAUUACCCUGCCGGAUGGCCCGCAGCAAAAAGCUGCGACCUACGCUGCGUACAGGGAAGCCCACCGUGAUCCCACUGAGACUGCUUAUGUUGAGUGCCACGGCACAGGUACCCCUGUCGGUGAUCCUAUUGAAGCCAAUGCGGUCGGUGAGGUGUUUACGCCUGGCCGCGAGAAGGGCGACUACCUGCGUAUUGGUUCGGCUAAGACGAAUGUGGGUCACUUGGAGCCCGCGGCCGGUCUUGUUGGUUUGAUUAAGAACUGCUACACCCUUGAUAUGGGCCUGCUGCUUCCUCACUUGCACUUCAACGAGCCGAGCCCCAAGAUUCGCUGGGAUGACUUUUUGAUCCAGGUGCAGACCAAGACGGAGCCGCUCCCGCCUCACAAGCUGUCGAAGGACGGCAAGUUUAUUGUGUCGCUUUCGUCAUUUGGUUUCGGUGGUGCCAACAGUCACACUGUGAUGGAGCGCGUGCCGAACAAGCAGGAGGAGGAGGUGCCCACUGUUGGCCCGAAUGACCCAAUGCUUGUUGCCGUUGGUGCUCUGUCGAACCGCGCUGUCACUUCACUUACUACGGCAGUGUCCGAGAUGUGGUCGCAGACGAGUGACCCGCAUACGGCAUCGCUGCUGGCUCGUACGAUGACUGAGCGUGCACGCGGUCACCCGAACGUGGCAUUUGCUGUUGGCUCAACGAAUGACUCGCUGGCGUUCUCUGAGACAGUUGUCGCCUCGACGCCGGAUCUUAACCCCAUCAAGGCAUUUGUUUUCUGUGGUCAGGGCCCGCAGCACGAAGACAUGGGCCGCCACUUGUACGUGCGCUUCGGCGCGUUCCGCGACUCGGUGAACAAGAGUUUCGAAAUUGUUGCACGCUUCCACAAGAAGAACUUCCAGGAAGAGUACGGCUUGUUCAACCCUGAGGCCGAGGGCUCUGUGGCCAAGACUGAGUCAGGUGGCUGGACCGUUGAAUGCAUUGUGAUUGCCAUCACGAUCUUCCAGAUCGCUCUGUUUGACCUGUGGGUGGACCUGGGCGUGAAACCUGAUGUGGUGAUGGGACACUCGGUUGGUGAGAUUGCCGCUAUGUACGCGUCUGGUGCGUUGUCGCAUGAGAAGGCUAUCCGUACGGCGAUUGCGCGCUCCAAUGCCCUGACGCUGCUCGACACGGUUGACGGACAAAUGGCCGCGCUGGGUAUUGGCCGAGAGGAGGCCCAGGUGCUGAUUGAGCGUAUCAUGAAGGAGAACAACACGGACACGGGUCUCUGGGUGUCGGCUUCGAACUCGACUAACGCUGUGUCCGUGUCUGGUAAGACCAGCCUGCUGGAAGACGUUGUGAAGGACUGUGAGGCUCGCGGCAUCUUUGCGCGUCACCUGCGUGUGGGUGGGCCUUAUCACUCGCCUAUGGUGUCGCCGUGUGGUGAGCCCUUCUUGAAGGAAGUGUACCCCAUUGUGGAUGCUAGUGUGAAUGUGCCGACGACUCGCUUCAUUUCGACUGUUCAUGGCCGCAUGCACGACGUGGGCGAACGCCUUGACGCCGAGUACUGCUGGAAGAAUGUCUGCCAGCCUGUUCUGUUCCGUGAGUCGAUUGAGACACUGCACCAGUACCGCAAGGAGCAGGACCGUGGUUUGUUGAUCAUUGAGAUCGCGCCACACUCGGUCCUGGGCUCGUACAUGGAGGAAAUUACGCAGAGUGUCGCGGCUGAGCGCACGACGAUUGUGUCCUCUGCGCGCCGCCCCAACUUCAAGAAGGGCGAGACGAAGGAGACGCCUGGCGAGAUCACGCAGUUCCUUACUGCGGUCGGUGGUGCAAUUCAGUCCGGUGUCCGUGACCUUGUGCUCUACAAGCUCUAUGGUGACAAGUUUGUUGACCGCCCGAUGGGUGUGAACUCAACAAUUGAUGUGCCUGCGUAUCCGUUCCUGCCGCUGAAGAAGACCCCGCACGAAGUGUCCUUCCCGGAGCACCUGCGUAUUCGUCCGAUUCAGCCACCUCUGUCGAGCCCUGUGUUCCGUAUCAAUGCGCAGACGCACUCUUGGACCAAAGGACACAAGAUUCGUGGUACGAUUGUGUUCCCAGGUGCGGGUUAUGCUGAGGCUGCGCUUGAGGCUGGCGCGCGUACAAUCUUCAACAUGCAGAUCCACCGUGCAUUUGUGCUAGAGGACGAAGGUGCACCCAAGUAUGCCUCGUUCAAGCUUACAGGCAUCAAUGGCGGCUGGGAGUUCCGCUCGUCGGGUAAGAACUCGGUGGACGACGCCGGUCUUAUCUUCGACCAGCUGCAUGCCAGUGGUCAGAUGAUGCCGGAAAGCACGCCGAUGGGACCUUCUCACAUUGAGGAAGUGUUUGGCCAGAACUGGCUCGACCACUUUGACAUUGUCAUGGACGGUGAAACAUUCUACCAGCGCCUGCGCCCCAACGGUUCGAUGCACACUGGUGCCUUUGGUAUGAUCAACGAGGUGCGUGGUUCGUCGACGCGUGAGGACGACUACAUUGCGCUUGUCGAUGUGCUGCCGGAUCUGUGGACGCACCGCGAAAGCGAGAUGAUGGUAUUCCACCCUGGUUUGCUUGAUUCGGCGUUCUUGUGUACAUGGAUUCCUGCGCUGCCGUUCGACGGUUCGAAGCUGGGUGUUGAUGCUUUCCUGCCGAACCACCUGGACAUCCUCACCGUGCGAGGCACGCCCGAGGAGAUCCGUGAGGCGAAGCAGCUUGUUCUGUAUGUGCAGACGAUCAUUAGCAAUGAUGUGCACAUUAAGCAUAACAUCCUCAUGUUCGACCGCAACACGGGCAAGACCCUUGCGUUCCUCAAGGGCCUUGAGUGCACACGUAUUAAGGACACCGCCAAGGAGCGCGAGGGCUACACCGAGAGCUGGGAGCCACGUGCCUUUGACUCUUCGGAGACGCCUGCGGACUGCUUGACGCUGCAGCCUGAACUCACGAAGGAGUUCCUGGCUGACAUGCGUGGCAAGGACGAGACGGGCGUGGCCGAGGCUGCUUUGUCGAAGGGCCUGGUGGCUGGUACGCCCUUGCAGGACGAGCUUCUGGAUCUGCAAGGCGUGAGUCUCGAGACGUUUGAGAGCAUUACUACGUCGAUUCAGCGCAUGAUUGACAACUCCCGGGCCAAGGUGCCGCGUUUUGUGUUCCGUGUGCUUGAAUUGUACCCGCGUCACCGUAAGGUAAACCUGCAGCCUCUCCUUGCAUGGGGCGAGAAGCGCGGAGUGUCUCUGGACUUGGUGCGCCUGAACGUGGCCGGUUCUUUGCGUGGCUCGGACGCCUUUGAGACUGGCCCGUACGAUGUGAUGCAGGCCAUCAAGGACUUUGAUCGCACGAUUCCGGCGUCGUUCGAUGUGAUCGUUGCCUGUGAUGUGCUUCGUAACUCUGUCGAUGCUCAGGCAGCGAUUACUGCAGUGGAUGAGCUGCUGGUGCCGGGUGGCUACGCGGUGUUUGCUGAAGUAAACGCUUCGUCGCCGCUGGGCCCCAUGUUCUACUCGCAAGGGGCGACUUCGCUGGAACAGCUUGGCCUGCGUCCGUAUGGCCAGAGCCCCACGUUCUCGCUGGCAUUCCGCCAGCGCGACACGAGCGCUUGGCCGUGUAUCCCUCGUAUCCCCAGUGUCGAUGUGGCUACGUCUGGUCGCUUCCGCGCACUCAAGGACGAUGAGCUACUCUACUACCACGAGCUGGGUACUGAGCACCUGCUGCCCGCUGCCAUGAAGGAGCACUGGAAGUCGACCACGCCCGUGGGCAAGAUGUGGAUCAUUACCGAUGACACGGUCGACGGUGCCGCGGCUAUGGGCAUCGCUGGUACACUGACGAAUGAGUUUAUGACGGUGAAAGGUAUCUACAUUGCAGUGGACCCGUCUCUGUCACGCGCGCAACGGGACGGCCUGAUUGAGCUGCUGCGCGAGCGCGAAGAAGAGGGCUCGCUUGAGAUGUUUAACGUGAUCCGUGAUGGUCGCCUGUACGGCCGCCGCCUCGUGAAGCUGCAGUCGCUGCACCCUACUGAGUUUGUGGACCAGGACUGGGUGCUCGAGUUGAUCGAGGGUCAGCCUGCCAGUGUACAGGCCGUGGCGCCCCACACGCACGCGACGCCCCUGAUGGAUGAGCACGACGUCAAGGUGCAGACCGAUGCUGUGGCGCUGAACUUUAAGAACAUUCUCUCGGCUACCGGUCUGCUGCCGGCCACUGACCGCUUGUCGGAGUUCAGUGGUAUCGUUACCGAAGUCGGCAGCGGCGUUACGCGUGUGCGUGUUGGCGACCGUGUAAUGGGCACGGCUGGCGAUGCGCGUGAGGGUAACACGGCACUGGCAUCCGAGUUUGCUGUGGCAAAGGUACCGGAGAACAUGACGCCAUUGGAGGCGGCCGCCUAUCCGAUUGCUUACGGCACGGUGUGGCAUGGUCUUGUGCAGCUGGCGCAGAUCAGUGAGGGUGAGACGAUCCUAAUCCAUGCCGCUGCUGGUGGUGUGGGUCUGUGUGCCAUCCAGAUUGCGCAGCGCAAGGGUCUGGAGGUAUUCUGCACGGUUUCUUCGCAGGAGAAGCGUGAUUACCUGCACAACAACCUGGGAGUGCCGUACGAGAACAUGGCGAACUCGCGCUCGAUUGCCGCCUGGCAACAGGGCGGUCGCGACUGGCUGGCUAAACGCGGAAAGAAGGGCUUCGACGUGGUGCUGAACUCACUGCAGGGCGCCGCUCUGCAGGGCAGCUUCGAGGUGCUUGACUACCUGGGUCGCUUUGUGGAUAUCUCGAAGCGUGACCACCUGGCAGGAAACCCUAUGUCGAUGAGCGUGUUCUCCAAGGCGAUCAACUACAUCGCCGUGGAGCUUGGUCUGCUGGGUGUGCAUGCGCCGCACCGCAUGGCUGCGUUGCUCGACGAGAUUGCCGCGGAGCAUGCGCGCAAGCCGUUCAAGUGCCUGUACGGCCACAAGUUUGAGGGUCCUGAGGGUCUGGUCCAGUCGUACCAGCUGAUGGAGUCAGGCAAGCACAUCGGUAAGAUCGUGACAGACCUGAGCGUCUCGUGCCGCCCCGGUCACAAGGAGAAGCUCUGGUGCGCCUACAAGUUGUACGAUCCCCGCAAGACGUACGUGCUGGUUGGUGGCUGUGGUGGUCUGGGUCCCCGUCUGGCGCAGUUCCUCAUUAACCUCGGCGCGCGUAACAUUGUAUUGACGGGUCGUCGUGGCCAUAUCAGCCGCUCGGACCGUCUGGCGCUCGAGCGUCUGGUGCGCGAUCCUGCGUUCCCUCACGUCACGAUUAAGAUCAUGGCAGCGGAUGCGCUCAGUCCCGAGGCGAUGAAGGACGUGUUUAACACUGCUAGGUCGCUUGGUCCGAUUGCUGGUGUCUUCCUCAUGUCUGUGGUCCUGCGCGAUGACCAAUUCAUGAUGAUGGACCAGGAGAAGUUCGAGACGGUGAUGAACUCCAAGAUUGGCGCACUGAAUGUGAUCCGUCAGACGCUGAACAUUGACGAGAUUGACUUCUUGUUCCUGUUCUCGUCGACGGCUGCGCUCUUCUUCAACCCUGGUCAGGCGAACUACAACGCUGCGCAGGCGUACUUCAACCGCUUCGCGCUCGAGCGCCGCAACGUGAUUUCGUACGCUGUGCCAGCCAUCUCAGACAUUGGUGUGUAUGCACAGAUGCGUGCCAAGUCGAACAAUGCCGCGCUCAAGGUCAUGGAUGCGCUUGCGUGCACGUCGCGUGAGCUGUGUACGAUGAUUGCGCAGGCGAUUAGCCGUCUCGUGAUGGGUGGUACGAACCACCACGGCUACUUUAUCCAGCCCAUGGACUGGGAGAUGAUGCACGAGAUUUCGCCUGCCAAUGCUUGGAGCAUCUCGCACCUGGUUGAGCACCAUGACGACGACGAUGACGAAGGCGACGGUGACGACGAGAAUGCUGACCCCGUGGGUAUUCUGCUGGGCAAGCUGCUCAACGUCGACAUUUCGACAGUGGAUGACACCAUGUUCCUGUCGACACUGGGUCUGGACUCGCUGUCUGCGUCGAAGCUCAGUGCGAUCCUGCUGGCCGAGUUUGGCUGCACUGUCACGCAGCUGCAGCUUCUCGGACCUGUCUCGGUCAUGGCGCUUCGCGACAUUGUCGCCGAAUCGCAGACCAAGGGCGAGAGUGCUGCGGGCAGUAAGGACUCUAAGAAGGCGGUGGCGCCCAAGACAGAGGCGCCUGCGACGGCUACCUCGGACGCGGCGCCGACGAAGGUCGACACAAGUGCGAUCAGCACGUUUGACUACGCGGCUGAGCCCGAGAAGCUGGAUGACCUGCCUCCGUCGCUGGCAGGCCUGGUGCCGUUUGAUGCGCAGGUCCUGUCGCCGGAGCGUGAGCAGCACAUUUUCCUGACGGGUGCGACUGGUUACAUGGGAGCCACAGUGCUCUCUGCGCUCCUUGAUGCCUUCCCUAAGGCGCAAGUCACAGCGCUUGUGCGUGGCACAGAAGAGGGUGGUCUUGACCGGAUCCGUGAGGUGGCUGCCCAGCGCCACUUGUCGACGGUGCAGCACAUGGAUCGCGUUAAGGCGGUGGUCGGUGACAUGACUAAGCCGAAGCUGGGUCUGAGCCCCGCCCAGUGGGCGAUUUUGGCCUCGGACAUGGACUUGCUUGUGCACGCUGGUGGCAAGGCUGACCACUUGAUUGGCUACCAGGGCAUCUACGAGGACAACACGCUCUCGACGCGUGAGGUAUUGCGCCUGGCAUCUGAGCAGAAGGUCAAGGCGGUGUUGAACAUUGGUUCGACCAACAUGUGGCUCAGCUUCACGGAGAAGGACCGCAGCGACGAGACGGUGCGCGAGGACGUGGACCUGGACCAGUUCAAGACGGGCCUGUUCAACGGUUACUCGCAGUCCAAGUGGGUGGCCGAGAAGCUGUGUGAGCGUGCGCGCGCGCGUGGUCUGCCGGUGAUCACCGUGCGUCCAGGUGUGCUGGGUGGCAAUGCGCGCUCGAAGUAUGUGCCGAACGAGGACAGCUUCCUGUGGCGCAUGAUCAACUCGUGCCAGCAGCUUGGCUAUGCGCCUGAGUCGAACUCGACGGCCUUCACGGAGACGCCGGCUGACUGGUUCGCCGAAAUUCUCGGUCAGUUGGUUGCCUCGCCGAAGACGUGGACCUCGGACUAUGCGGCGUUCCAUAUCCGCAACGAGACGCCGCUGCGUGUGGAGAGCUUCCCGACGCGCGAGGGCGUGGCGCGUCCGAAGACGGUGCCGCACGACGAGUGGGUGGAGAUCUUCCAACGCGAGGCGAGCAAGCCUGACACGACGAACCCGCUGGCGCCUCUGCGCCUGUUUGUCGCCAAGGGCGAGCUGGCUCACUUGCCGCACUUUGAUCAGUCGCGUACACGUGAGAUGCUCGGCGCCCGCUGGAACGAGUGCCCGGCAUACCACAUCGAUCUGUAA